AUCAUGGAGAGUCGCAGACACGCUUUUCUUGCAGGCUAUUGUUGGUUGAGGUUGAGGACGAAGCCGCUGUCCUUGUCCCUAAUAAAUCACCCACUUCUCUCUAUAUCUGUUUUUUUUCUUUUUGUAUUCUCUUUUUUUGGCAAAAAUUUCCCAUUUGAAGACAAUCUUCAUUUCAUUCAUUCAUUCAUUUCUCCCUUCCUCUUGCCAACCCCAUUAUAGUGUACAUUCUAUCUUUGAUCAGCGUCCUUUAAAACCCAGAAGGAAAUUUUCCAUCUGGGUUUUGAAGAUUUUGAUUCUUUACAGAUUAUCUGAUAUUGGGGAUCGAAGAUUCUUUGUUGUCGCAUGUGGGCAGUGAAGAUUUUGGUUCUUGUGGGAAUAUCUGAAGUGGGUGUUGGAGAUUUUUAUCUUUUAAGGGAAAUUUGGGAUGUGGGUUUUGCCGUAUGGGAAAUUUUUUUGAUUCUUGGAGGAAUGUCUGGUAGUGCUGAAGUUGGUUUGAAAGAUUAUGAUUCUGUGGAGACGAAAUUGGAUUUUAUUGGAUAAGGUUUUAACUUUCCUGUAUGUCUUUGUUGGUUUUCUCGAAGUUCACGAAAUGUUUAACUAAUCUGUGAACAGUAACAUUCGUAAUCUUUUUUGUUUAUUGUUAGUUCGAGAGUGGUUUGUUCGAGAGUGAUUUCUAGUGAGAUACUGACCGUUACAACCAAUUUGCUUUUGAGAAAUCUGUCAUUGGAAGGAGGGUAGUUGUUUCUAGUUUGGUGCAGGGACGACCUUCUACUUUUAUGUAUAGAGAAGAUAACUUUUUUUUAUUGCUCUCGAUAUGCUUUUUGUAUAUAUUUUGGAUGGAUUAAGGAUAUGAUGUCCUACAUUUGAGGAAAAUAAGGGAAUUUUGGAGAAACAAGCAAAAUUUUGGUUUAGCAUGUGCUCAUUGUAAGCUCUCAGUUUUUGGGUUGGUAGUAUUUGAGGGUCAUGAAAUUUCUCAGCGUUAUGGGAAAUUCAUUUGGAUGUUCAGCAUCCGGGGAGCGAUUAGUUUCAGCAGCAAGAGAUGGAGAUCUUCAAGAGGCUAAGGCCUUGCUGGAAUGUAAUCCUCGCCUGGCAAGGUACUCGACUUUUGGUGUUCGUAAUUCCCCUCUCCAUUAUUCUGCAGCUCAGGGCCACCAUGAGAUAGUCUCUCUCUUGCUAGAGUCUGGAGUCGAUAUCAAUCUCCGGAAUUAUCGUGGUCAGACUGCUUUGAUGCAAGCUUGCCAACAUGGUCAUUGGGAGGUUGUUCAGACAUUGGUUCUUUCUAAAGCCACAAUUCACAGAGCAGAUUAUCUGAAUGGGGGUACUGCACUCCACUUUGCUGCUUUGAAUGGUCAUUCUCGGUGCAUCCGGCUCCUCCUUGCUGAUUACAUUCCCAGCACUCCGGAUUUUUGGAGUACCUUAAGGAAUGCAUCAAGCAAUGAAGAAUCAAUUGUGGAGUUUAACCAUGAUGUUUUGGUCCAGAUAAUUAAUAGGCCUGCUGAUGGAGGAAUCACUGCACUGCAUAUGGCAGCGUUGAACGGUCAUGUUGAAAGCGUACAACUACUUUUGGAUUUAGGGGCUUCUGUUUUUAAGGUUACUGUGCAAGAUGGAACUACAAUUGAUCUAAUAGGUGCUGGAAGCACAGCCCUACAUUAUGCUGCAUGCGGGGGAAAUGCACAGUGUUGUCAAAUUUUGAUUUCCAGGGGUGCCAGUCUGAAUGCUGAAAAUGCGAAUGGAUGGACUCCCUUGAUGGUGGCCCGUUCUUGGCAUAGAGACUGGCUCGAGGAAAUCCUAAGCACGGAGCAGCAAGUCCAGUCACAAAUUCUUCCUUCACCGUACCUAUCCCUUCCCCUUAUGAGUAUUGUGAAGAUUGCUAGAGAAUGUGGAUGGAGGAACAGUGAUUCUUUAUCUACAUGCCAAGAUCCAUGUGUAGUCUGUUUGGAACAGCAGUGCACAGUGGCUGCGGAAGGUUGUGAUCAUGAGUUUUGCACAAGAUGUGCCUUGUACCUUUGUUCCACAAACUGCACUACAACUGUGUCUCAUGGUCCCCCAGGCUCAAUUGCAUGUCCUCUCUGCCGAAGUGGCAUAGUUUCAUUUGUGAAGCUUAGAGGAACAAGAUCAGUGGUUAAGGAGAAUCCAAGAACAAGUUUAUCCCUAUCGUUGUGCUCAUGUUCUGCUGAGGCGCCAGAUUCCACCUCAAUAACGACCCCGUUGUGCAAGCCUGAGUUCCGUUGCUCUGGUAAAUCUCCUCUCGGAUCUUUCCGGUCCUUGAGCUGCCAGAAGUUCCCAUCAUUCAAGAUCAACUACAACCUUUGCAUGGGAGCUCCAAAUAUUAAUCCUUGUUUGGUUCCAAGCUCCGGUAAUAGGAAGUUGCGGAACCAUUUGGCUAGGUGCUCUAGAUCCGGCUUUAGACGAUCAGCAUCUCAACCUGAGGGCAGAAGGUCAUGGUUUUCUGCACUCAAUCAAAAUGUAACGACUGGCAGUGGAUGCUGAAUGGCUUUUAGUCCUUUGAUUUUUUGUUGUAUUCUGACUACUUUUGGAUGUAUUUUUUUCCACCUCAUUUUUUGUCCAUAAUGUGCUAAAUCAUCUUCAAUUUGUGAUGAUUAUUGGAUGGUGUAACAUUGUAAAUAUAACAUUCUUUUUUUCAAAAGAAAUGUUCUGAUUUACAGA